UUGUAGCAACUCUCAGUGUAGUACUCGCACAGAGGUUUCCAGUCCUGUAAGCACAAUGGUAUCAGGUGGAGGAUUCAUUUACAUCUCUCUUGAAGUGCUCAUUGCAGUGGGAUGCUGUCUGGGCAAUAUGUUGGUGAUCUGGGCCGUUUGGAGAAGUGGAGCCUUGAACAAACCCACUUUCUGCUUGAUCGUGUCUUUGGCGGUGGCUGAUUUCCUGGUUGGGGCCGUGGCAAUUCCUCUGGCUGUGAUUGUGGACAUCCACAUCAAAAUCCCUUUCCAUGCCUGUCUCUUCAUCGGUUGUUUUCUCAUUGUGCCACUGCAAGCAUCAGUGCUCACCCUCCUGGCUAUUGCUGUGGACCGAUGUCUGCGGGUUUGUAUCCCUUUCAGGUACAAGUCUACAGUCACUAAGAAGCACUCGUGGUUCCUCGCCGCUGUGUGCUGGAUACUGGCAUCUGUACUGGGCUUCUUACCCAUGUUUGGAUGGUACAACCAUGACACGCUGACACGUUACAACUCCACCUCCAUAGACUGUCAGUUCAUUGCUGUCAUUCCCAUUACAUACCUGAUCCACUUCAUCUUUGAGGGCUGUUUUCUUCCUCCGUUGGCAGUCAUGAUCGCUUUGUAUUGCUACAUCUUUUUAAAAAUUAGAAGUGGAAGAGCAGGUGUGUCAGCUGAAAGCGGUACAUAUAAACAAAAGGAGCAAAAACUGGCCAGCUCUCUGGUUUUAGUCUUGGCUCUUUUUAUUGUUUGCUGGCUGCCGUUACACACGAUACAAUCCAUCACAUACUAUAACCAGAGUAUACAUGUACCGCCCAUUGCUUUGUACUUUGGCAUUCUCCUCUCUCAUGCCAACUCGAUGGUAAACCCUGUAGUGUACGCCUUCAAAAUCCCUAAGAUAAAGCGGGAGUUUGGGAAGAUUUGGAGGAGGGUGAUUGGUCAACAGCAGGGGGUGAAUAUCAGUCCACAGGGGGGAGCCAAUAACAUUACUGACUCCACAGUACAAUAAAUAUACAGUGGGUACGGAAAAUAUUCAGACCCCCUUAAAUUUUUAAAAGGGUCUGAAUACUUAGGACCAUGUGAUAUUUCAGUUUUUCUUUUUUAAUAAAUCUGCAAAAAUGUCAACAAUUCUGUGUUUUCUGUCAAUAUGGGGUGCUGUGUGUACAUUAAUGAGGAAAAAAAUGAACUUAAAUGAUUUUAGCAAAUGGCUGCAAUAUAACAAAGAGUGAAAAAUUUAAGGGGGUCUGAAUACUUUUCGUACCCACUGUAGAUUAAAGAAACAUUAUAUAUAUAUAUAUAUGCAAACAUAUUUUUUUCAGACUAAACCUAAUCUUUUUAAUCUUGCUUCAGGUGGCAGUUACACAGUUCUGCCAGUAGGGCGCCUCACAACACCACAAUCAAAGUCUGAGAGUAACUGUGUAGUUAAAGUUCCUUUCAAGUAUAUCUAUAGUCUUUGGUAGCUAACUGAGUAACUGUAUGAUGCCUCUUAUGGCUGAAAAUGGAUAAUAGUGCACGUGUGUGUAGUUUAGUGCACAACAAUAUGUCUGUACAGUAUUACAAAUAUGAACCUGCAGUGAUGUACAAAACAAGUUGUUUAAAAUAAUAAUGAUAAAAAAAGCUUUAUUAUGAAGUACAUAUAUGAGAUGUUAUUUGUGACUUUCAUAAUGUCUAAGCAAUGUUCAUAAUAUUAUUUUUAGAAUAAGUCACUGAAAGAGUCACCAUUUAUUUAAAUCUAUCAUUUACAUUUAAUAAUUUAGCAGAUGCUUUUAACCAAAGAGAAAGAAGCAAUCAAACAAAUGUAAGUGCUGCGACAAGUCUCGGUUAGUGUAACGCGUACAUGUAAAUAAAUAAUAAAUAAAAAGAAAACAAGUAGAUAGAACAGAACACUACUGUUAGAGGGUCCUUUUUUUUUUUUUUUAUAAAUACAUAAAAAGAAAACAAUAGAAAUACAACAGAGAGUGCUAGUGUUAGAGGGUCAAGGUGUAUAUAUAUAUAUAUAUAUAUAUAUAUAU